UCUGCAGGCUCCCGGGCAGAGCUGGCUCUGAGCCCCUCACCAGACUGCCAAACAGCCCCAUAGGUCAGUGUCCCCAGGCACUUGGGGACGAAGGUCACGGGGAAACAUCACCAUUGCAUAGCCAUGCUUACACCGGCACAGAGGCUGGGCAGCCCCAGGGCCGCAGCACAGUGGCUCUGCAGUUCCCUCUCGCCACCGAGGGGCCAGCGGCCAGGCUCAGCAGUGCGAAGGGGCAGCCAUGGCUCUGCCUCCUCGCCCUUGUGGUGCUUUCUGACCUUGCUACCCUGUGAGGUAGGUGCAGGGGGGUUGUGCCGUGACCCGCUCUGGGUCUCACAGGGAGAGCAGAAGGUACAGUGGGGAGCAACGGGCGCAGUGGCCAUAGGGGGACACGCGGUGGUGGUGGCAGUCGGGAGCAGCGGGGCACCCUGAGCACUGCAGAGGGGUGCAGUGGGUGCAGUGAGGGGUACAGGAGGUGCAAGGAGGAGGCAUGGGGGUCAGGCAGUAGCCAUGGAUGGAGAAGGCACCCAGAACUCUGCAGAGGGGUGCAAUGAGCACAGCACCGUGUGCUGGGGGUGCAGCAGGGUGCAUAGGGGUGGGCUGAGGAGGUGCGAUGGCAGUGUAGCAAAAGGGCUAAAAGGGGCACCCUAAGUCGGGGCAGCAGUGGGGGACAGCAGGGACACAAUGCCAGGCACCACGAGGAAUGUCGCACAGCUGUGUCAGGGGUGGCAGCAGGGAUGUGGGGCUCCCACAGCCUGGAACAGCCAGGCCACAGAGGUGGGAACAGGGAGACCCCGCUGUCCAGCCUGGCACUCUCAUCUGGGUGCUGCAGAAAAAGUGACUGCCUAGAUCCAGGCUCACCUGUCAGCACCCACUCUCUACCAGCAGCUGAUGCUCUUCUGCAAGGUCACAGGGACCCCAGACCUGGAGCACAAAGUGUUCGUGUUUCCCCAAGAGACCAAUGACUCCCACGUGCUGGUGAGGGCAAAGCCCAAGCAGCCGCUGCAGAACGUCACUGUGCACCUGUGGUCCUACACCGACCUAACCCAGCCCUACAGCCUCUUCUGCACCACCAAGGCGCAGGACGGGAUCCUCCUCCUCAAGCCCAAGCUCACAGAGUACCAAUUCUACGUGGGGGCAAGUUUGUCCUUCCGUGUCCCCAUGGGGAUCAUGGUGAGCGAGCAUAUCUGCACCAGCUGGGGGUCAGCCACCAGCAUCGCUGGGUUUUGGCUCAGUGGGAGGCCCUGGACCUGUGAGGGGCUGCAGAUGGGGACAGCGGUGGCCAUCAUGCUGGGGCAGGAGCAGGAGCAGGAUGCCUUCAGGGGCAGCUUUGAUGCCCAGCAGUCUUCCAUGGGGGAAAUGCAGGAUGUGUACACGAACGCAGGAAUCUCCCACCUCAGGGGUGACGGUGCCAUGCAGAAUGGCCCCAGCAAAACCCCCAUCUUUGGCUGGAGACACUUCCCCUGCGCAGUCGUGGGCCAGGUGUGCCCAAGGCCCUGGCACCUGGUACUGGGCACGGCGCUGGUGCCUCCCCGCGCUCUCGCUCCUGCUGGCUGGCAAGCGCUGGCCGAGCCGUGAUUGCCACGGGGGCUGUGUGCCCCCCACCUUCCCUGCUGUGUAAACACCACCCCCACCCACCCCCCGCCACCUGGCAUCACAUAAAUGAAGAAAUGGGUUUGAAAUGCAGCAAUGGUGGGCAGCCCGAGGCCCACCAAAG